AUGUUAUCUGUCUGUACUCUAGGAUUAUUAGCACUGGCUGCAACUGUCUCCGCGGCGCCAGCGCCCAUUGCGGCUGUACCGAGCAAAAUCUCCUUAAUGUCGUGCAAGGCAUCCAAGCGUGACAUUGACGCUAUGCAAAGAAGAUCGUUGUCAUCAGCUGGUGUUCCCCUCGAGGAUUAUUACUCUGGCACAGACCUCCAGUGGUAUGGAAAUAUCUCAGUCAGAACACCCCCCCAGACCCUUACCGUUGUGUUUGACACCGGGAGUGAGACGCUUGAGUUUGCGAGUACUCAGUGCAGCACAUGCAGCAACCAAGUACGAUUCGACCCGUCCCAAAGCUCGAUAUACGUUGACGAGGGCCAAACCUCGACCAUCGAUUUCGCGACCGGCAUCGGUGUCAACCCGGUCGAAAGCCAAGAUGAAUACGAGCUUACGCUUUUAUCUGGCAGAGAUACUGUCACUGUAGAGGGGCUUACGGCGACAGAUGUGGAACUGUAUACUAUCACAAAGCAAUCGGCUGCUUUUGAUAUCGACCCAUUCAGCGGCAUUCAAGGCAUGUCUUCCCAGGCAGGAGGUUUCUUCUCCGGGUUGGUUCAGCAAGGCCUGCCAUCCUUGUUCGGCAUGUACCUCACACCCGAAGCAGUUGGCAAUGCGAAGCUGACGAUUGGUGGAUAUGACAACACAAAAUUCCAAGGCGACUUGACAUACGCCAGCUUAUCCGGGGGUAGCGGUGGAACUUGGUUAAUUACUUCCAAUCAGAUCACCGUGAACGGUCAGACGUCCUCGCAACUGUUGAAUGAGCAACUUGUCAUCUUCGACAGUGGAACCAGCAGUGUCGUGCUCGACAAAGAAACCACUGAAGCCAUAUAUGCUAUGAUUUCUCCUGACAUCAAAGCCAACAGCGAGGAGUUAUGGAAUCACUUGCAGCAAGAUCGAUAG